AUGGGUUAUUUGUACGCCGCGAUCACCGUGUUCAGUUACGGCAGUAACGUGUUUCUGCUGGUCAUUUACGUGAAAUCGCCCCUUCUGUGGACACCGUUCUACAGCUAUCUAAUCAGUCUGGCCGUCCUUGAUCUGCUCAAAUCCUGUACCGUCAAUAUUAUGCAGGUUAGCAAUUAUCUUCAAUUUCACUGGGUUUUUGGCAACGAACUUUGCAUACUGUUCUUGUUCUGCUCGCAAAGUAUCGGCGUCAGUAUUAUUUAUCUGCAUCUGCUGAUUUGCGUCAACCGGCUGUGGGCGGUCAUGUCACCUUUCAGUUAUCGCGCCAAACACAAGCAUAAAUUAGCCAUUGGUCUAAUCAUGAGUGUCACCAUAAUGGCUAAUAUUUCAACAAUACCCAUAUAUACCGGUGACGGCACCAGCGACAUCCGCAGUCGCGCCCCUGUGCUGCGCCAUUUGUGUAUAUACCAGUUCGGCGCGAAGCCCUCGCUGUACUUUUUGACCUUGGGGGCGCUGACGCAUCCGGUGCCGCACGGGCUCAUUAUGCUGCUGUACCCGAUUAUUGUCUGGAAGGUGCGCAGUACCGUGCGCCAGAUGCAGAGUGUGUUUGCCAGUGGGCAAAAUCCGUCCUUUACCCUGCAUGUAUCCCUGGAUACGUCGGAGGAACAGGUCCGAAUACGGGGCACGCACAAUAAGCACAAGCACAUCCUCCGCGAAGCCAAACGGUACUUUGGCGUGCUGACAAUCUUGUUUGUCAGUUCGUUUUUGUUCUGGACGCCGGGGAAUGUGGCACGCAGUGUCAUGGUGACGUCGCCGGUGGUGGAUAUCCGGGUGUUAGCGGUCACGGAUUUCCUCUUCGCCAUGGACUGUACCAUAAAUCCCUUGCUUUGUUUGGCUUCGUCGACCGAAUGGCGGCACGCGGCAAUUUCGGUUUUAAAUAAUAUUCGAAGAUCCGAGGUUCAGCAAGCUUGUUAA